CAUGGGGCCGGAUGAGCACUGAUAGUCGCGGCUGCAGCCAUCAGCCCUGGAGAUGACCAGGAGCGGCCACUGCUGAGAACUAUGUGGAGAGAGGCUGCGAGCCCUGCUGCAGAGCCUCCGGCUGGGAUAGCCGCCCCCCGUGGGGGCGAUGCGGGCAGCGCGGGACAGCCAGGGGAGCGCGCGGGGGCCGCAGCAUGCGGAAACCCGCUAAACCCGGUGGCUGCUGAGGCGGCCGAGAUGCUCGUGCGCGCAGCGCGCCCCACUGCAUCCUCGACCUUCUCGGGCUACAGGGACCAUAAGUGGCGACUAUGGGCAGACUGGGCUAUUGGACCCUGCUGGUGCUGCCGGCACUUCUGGUCUGGCGCCAUCCGGCGCAGGGUGCGGCGGCGGAGAAGGGUACCCCGGCGCUGAACAUCGCGGUGCUGCUGGGUCACAGCCACGACGUGACGGAACGUGAACUGCGAAACCUGUGGGGCCCGGAGCAGGCGACUGGGCUGCCCCUGGACGUGAACGUGGUAGCACUGCUGAUGAACCGCACGGACCCCAAGAGCCUCAUCACACAUGUGUGCGACCUCAUGUCCGGGGCGCGCAUCCACGGCCUGGUGUUUGGGGACGACACCGACCAGGAGGCCGUGGCCCAGAUGCUGGAUUUUAUCUCCUCACAGACCUUCAUCCCCAUCCUGGGCAUCCACGGGGGCGCAUCGAUGAUCAUGGCUGAUAAGGAUCCGACGUCUACCUUCUUCCAAUUUGGAGCGUCCAUCCAGCAACAAGCCGUGGUCAUGAUGAAGAUCAUGCAGGAUUACGACUGGCAUGUCUUCUCCCUGGUGACCACCAUCUACCCUGGCUACAGGGACUUCAUCAGCUUCAUUAAGACCACAGUGGACAACAGCUUUGUGGGCUGGGACAUGCAAAACGUGAUCACCCUGGACACCUCCUUUGACGAUGCCAAGACGCAAGUCCAGCUAAAGAAGAUCCACUCUUCCGUCAUCUUGCUCUACUGCUCCAAAGAUGAGGCUGUCCUCAUUCUGAGCGAGGCCCGCUCCCUGGGCCUCACCGGGUAUGAUUUCUUCUGGAUUGUCCCCAGCUUGGUCUCUGGGAACACAGAACUCAUCCCCAAAGAGUUUCCAUCAGGACUCAUUUCAGUCUCCUAUGAUGACUGGGACUACAGCCUGCAGGCGAGAGUAAGGGACGGCCUGGGCAUCCUGACCACUGCCGCGUCUUCCAUGUUGGACAGCUUUUCCUACAUCCCGGAGGCCAAGGCCAGCUGCUACGGGCAGACGGAGAAGCCAGAGGUCCCGAUGCACACCCUGCACCAAUUUAUGGUCAAUGUGACAUGGGACGGCAAAGACCUGUCCUUCACUGAGGAGGGCUACCAGGUGCACCCCAGGCUGGUGGUGAUUGUGCUGAACAAGGACCGAGAGUGGGAAAAGGUGGGCAAGUGGGAGAACCAGACCCUGAGCCUGAGGCACGCCGUGUGGCCGAGGUACAAGUCCUUUUCCGACUGUGAGCCGGACGACAACCAUCUGAGCAUUGUCACCCUCGAGGAGGCCCCCUUUGUCAUCGUGGAAGACAUAGACCCGCUGACUGAGUCGUGUGUGAGGAACACUGUACCCUGUCGGAAGUUCGUCAAAAUCAAUAAUUCCACCAAUGAGGGAGUGAAUGUGAAAAAAUGCUGCAAGGGGUUCUGCAUUGACAUCCUAAAGAAGCUUUCCAGGACGGUGAAGUUUACCUAUGACCUCUACCUGGUGACGAAUGGGAAGCAUGGCAAAAAAGUGAACAACGUGUGGAAUGGAAUGAUCGGGGAAGUGGUCAAUCAGCGGGCGGUGAUGGCAGUCGGCUCCCUCACCAUCAAUGAGGAGCGUUCGGAAGUGGUGGACUUCUCUGUGCCCUUUGUGGAGACGGGAAUCAGCGUCAUGGUUUCAAGAAGCAACGGCACCGUGUCACCUUCUGCUUUUCUAGAACCAUUCAGCGCCUCCGUCUGGGUGAUGAUGUUUGUGAUGCUGCUCAUCGUGUCCGCCAUCGCUGUUUUUGUCUUUGAAUACUUCAGUCCUGUUGGAUACAACAGAAACUUAGCCAAAGGGAAAGCACCCCACGGGCCUUCUUUUACGAUUGGAAAAGCUAUAUGGCUCCUCUGGGGCCUGGUGUUCAACAACUCCGUGCCUGUCCAGAAUCCUAAAGGCACCACCAGCAAGAUCAUGGUGUCCGUGUGGGCCUUCUUUGCCGUCAUAUUCCUGGCCAGCUACACGGCCAAUCUGGCUGCCUUCAUGAUCCAGGAGGAAUUUGUGGACCAAGUGACUGGCCUCAGUGACAAAAAGUUUCAGAGACCUCACGACUAUUCCCCACCUUUUCGAUUUGGCACGGUGCCCAAUGGCAGUACGGAAAGAAACAUUCGGAAUAACUACCCCUACAUGCAUCAGUACAUGACCAAAUUUAAUCAGAAGGGAGUAGAGGACGCCUUGGUCAGCUUGAAAACAGGGAAACUGGACGCUUUCAUCUACGAUGCGGCGGUCUUGAAUUACAAGGCUGGGCGGGAUGAAGGCUGCAAGCUGGUGACCAUCGGCAGUGGGUACAUCUUUGCUACCACUGGUUAUGGAAUUGCCCUCCAGAAGGGCUCACCUUGGAAGAGGCAGAUAGACCUGGCCCUGCUCCAGUUUGUGGGUGAUGGUGAGAUGGAGGAGCUGGAGACGCUGUGGCUCACAGGGAUCUGCCACCACGAGAAGAACGAGGUGAUGAGCAGUCAGCUGGACAUUGACAACAUGGCAGGCGUGUUCUACAUGCUGGCGGCCGCCAUGGCCCUCAGCCUCAUCACCUUCAUCUGGGAGCACCUCUUCUACUGGAAGCUGCGCUUCUGUUUCACGGGCAUUUGCUCUGACCGGCCGGGGCUGCUCUUCUCCAUCAGCAGGGGCAUUUACAGCUGCAUUCACGGGGUGCACAUUGAAGAAAAAAAGAAGUCUCCAGACUUCAACCUGACCGGCUCACAGAGCAACAUGUUAAAAUUCCUUCGGUCAGCCAAAAACAUGUCCAACAUGAACUCCUCAAGAAUGGAUUCUCCCAAAAGAGCUGCCGACCUUAUCCAAAGAGGUUCCCUGAUCAUGGACAUGGUUUCAGACAAGGGAAACUUGAUAUAUUCAGACAACAGGUCCUUUCAGGGGAAAGACAGCAUUUUUGGGGACAACAUGAAUGAACUCCAAACAUUUGUGGCCAACAGGCACAAGGACAACCUCAAUAACUACGUGUUCCAGGGUCAGCACCCUCUGACUCUCAACGAAUCUAACCCUAACACGGUGGAGGUGGCCGUGAGCACAGAAUCCAAAGGGAACUCCAGGCCCCGGCAGCUUUGGAAGAAAUCCAUGGACUCUCUACGCCAAGAUUCAAUGACCCAGAACCCAGUCUCCCAGAGGGAGGAGGGAACAUUGGAGAAUAGGACCCACUCCCUAAAGAGUCCCAGGUACCUUCCAGAAGAGGUGGCCCACUCAGACAUUUCAGAAACUUCGAGUCGGGCCACGUGCCACAGGGAACCUGACAACAAUAAGAGCCACAAGACCAAGGACAACUUCAAAAGGUCAAUGGCCUCCAAGUAUCCCAAGGACUGCAGCGAGGUCGAGCGCUCAUACUUGAAAACCAAAGCGAGCUCCCCCAGGGACAAGAUCUACACCAUUGAUGGUGAGAAAGAGCCCAGUUUCCACCUAGAUCCCCCCCAGUUUGUUGAAAACAUGGCCCUCCCCGAGAACAUGGACUUCCCAGAUGCCUACCAGGACCACAGUGAGAACUUUCGCAAGGGGGACUCCACGCUACCCAUGAACAGGAACCCUCUGCACAAUGAAGAUGGGCUUCCCAACAAUGACCAGUAUAAGCUCUACUCCAAGCACUUCACCUUGAAGGACAAGAGUUCCCCUCUCAGCGAGGGCAGCGACCGCUACAGGCAGAACUCCACACACUGCAGGAGCUGCCUUUCCAACCUGCCCACCUAUUCAGGCCAUUUCACCAUGAGGUCGCCGUUCAAGUGUGAUGCCUGCCUACGGAUGGGGAACCUCUAUGACAUUGAUGAAGACCAGAUGCUUCAGGAGACAGCGAAUCCAGCCACCCAGGAGGAGGUCUACCAGCAGGACUGGGCACAGAACAACGCCCUCCAGUUCCAAAAGAACAAGCUAAGGAUUAGCCGUCAGCAUUCCUAUGAUAACAUCCUCGACAAGCCUAGGGAGAUAGACCUUAGCAGGCCCUCUCGGAGCAUAAGCCUCAAGGACAGGGAACGGCUUCUGGAGGGAAAUUUGUACGGGAGUCUUGUCAGUGUCCCAUCCAGCAAACUCUUGGGGAACAAAAGCUCCCUCUUCCCCCAGGGUCUGGAGGACAGCAAGCGGAGCAAGUCUCUCUUGCCAGACCACACCUCCAAUAACCCUUUCCUCCACUCCUAUGGGGAUGACCAACGCUUAGUCAUUGGGAGAUGCCCCUCGGACUCCUACAAACACUCGUUGCCAUCCCAGACAAUGAAUGACAGCUAUCUUCGAUCCUCCUUGAGGUCAACGGCAUCGUACUGUUCCAGGGACAGUAGAGGCCACAACGAUGUGUAUAUUUCCGAGCAUGUUAUGCCUUAUGCUGCAAAUAAGAAUAAUACGUACUCUACCCCCAGGGUUUUGAAUUCCUGCAGCAAUAGACGUGUGUACAAGAAAAUGCCUAGUAUUGAAUCUGAUGUUUAAAACCUUCCAUUAAUGUUUUAUCAAUAGGGAAACAUACGUAAUGGCCAACUUUCUGGAGGGAAAAUGUUGGAUGUCCAAUAGUGCCCUGCAAAGAGGAAGAGGAUUUAGGAAGGUAUUUUUUUUUGUUGGUUCUUUUGCACAUGGCUCCAUGCCAUAGUCUUCCACUCAAGGAAUCUUGUGAGGUGUGUGCUGAGAAUGGCAGAUACCAGAUAGGUGAGUCCUUAACCAAAAAUAAUAAAUCAAAGGGCAAGUCUCCUGGACAUGCCCACUAGGUAUGUUGGCAAUAAUGAUGCCUUGGAUGCCAGAGGUGAUGUUGUGAUUUCCUAUAUUCCAAAUUCCAUUAAGCCAGUCCACCAUGCAAUUUUCUCAUCAUAAACACCUAACGGUUUCUCUAAUACAGAAUAAGCAAUAUGGUAUGCAUGUAAAUCCGACACAGACCAAAUAAAACAGUUAAGAAUGCAUCUGCAUUGUAGCGAGAUUGACAUGUGCAAGAGAUUAGGAAGUUUGGCUUUGUAACCAUUUCAGCUUUUUUGUCAUGCCUCCCAUCACAGUCCAGGCCCAACCCCAGAACUCCAGGCUCCCCCAAAGAAUAGGAAGUCAGUGCGUUUCAUGCUACCUAUGCUACUACCUUCAUUAUAGUCCAUUUCCAAGACACAUCUGGAGUAAAAGGCCAGAAGGGCCCUCAGGCAGAGAGCUAUAAGAAUCUCUUUGGAUGUCCAUUUGUGUGUUUCACAGACGCGCUCUCAUCCUUGGCUUCUGGUCUUGUUCAGGACUGCAUAAAUUAAGACAGUUAUGUCUUCGAUAUCUAAGUGUGGAUCUUCUGUCUAUGACACAGCGGCCCUUAUAGUUUAUCCUGAGGACUCCUGUGUACGUAAGUUUGCAUUUCCCCCCUUCUGGUGAUGACUCAGGGUUGUAUAGUAUCUGUUAUCCCUUUCCUUCCAGAGUAACCAUAGCUCGUUCAGUCCCCAAACAGCCAUGGUGGCUCUAAUCAACUGUGUGUUGCUGUUUCCAGGGUUGUUAAUGUGGUGGCAGGCACCAACAGCCAUAUGUGCGCUGUGAUCUGUAAGAAGUACAAUGCCAUCUGUCUGCAGAAGGCUAGUGUGGUUUUCGGUUUAUGUUUCUUACCGUCAUGGAAUUUAGUUGGACACUCAUUUCCACCCCGGCCUCCUCAAAUCAAAAGCCUUCAAAACAUGAGAGACACUCAUGCAUCUACCCUGAGCAUCCUCCAAAUUGUGGGUAAACAUCAGUGGGACAAGCGAGUUCUCUCUUCUGAAAUAUUCACCCUGUCGGAGGCUAACUGUUUCAUUGGCACCAACAGAGACAGAUGAAAAAUUCCUCCAAGCAUUUGUCAUUUCUGAGUCCCCUCCAGUAUCUCAUUCUUAAUCUACUCAAACCUGUGCAUGCGUGAUAUGAAAUGAUACUCAUCUAGCAGGAUUGGAGGAGAAAGGGCAAUCUUUAUGCCUGGGAAGCUCUUAGCGCCAUGCCUGGCACAUGCACAGUGCCUACAGAAAUAAAUAAAGACAGUUGUUAUGUUAUGAUACUUUAUCAGACCAGAAUUUUAAUAUUUAAAGAUUAAAUAUUAUAAAGACCACAAACAAGAGUAAACAUUUUAUACAGUUUUAAUCCAAUAAUUAAUGUAUUUUAAAUACAUUAAUAUCCCUGAAAUAUUUGGGAGAACUAGCCAUCGGGUUUUUUUCAGAGUAACUCAGUCUGUUUUGGCGACAUGCUGCAGAAACCCUAAGCUAAUGUAGACUAGCUUAACAAUUGUUUCCUCCUGCAUUUUGCUUUGGGUUCUUGGAAAAGGGAACAGAAUGGCAGGUUGAAAAGUUAUCCUAUUUCCUUUCUUCAUGGUAUGUUCUGUUUUGUAGGUAGUGUUUUCCUGUGAGUGGGCAGGUGCCAGAAAUAACUCUCCUGGAGCUUGAGAAUUCACUGAAUGGCUCCAUCUUUGGGGAUGUGUACCCUAUUUACAAUAUUCCCAGAAUGAUGAGAGCUGGUUGCAAUAAAUUUCAGUCAGUGGUAGAGAGGCUGAGGAAGGCAAUGGGUGAGAAGGUGUCCCAUCAACCUAGCGGUAGAAAGGAAGGAAGGGCUGACUAGACAUUGAUGACAAAUACACUUGAACACUGUAUUUUAUUCAUGGAUGUUGCACCUUUGCUGCC